AUGGCUUCAACCGGCGAUGUGCCUCCCGCCGAGACGGCGACUAUCAACACAAACAUUGUCACCCUAACCCGUUUCCUCACAGAAGAGCAAACCAAGGUUGCAGAGGCAACAGGAGACUUCACACUUCUAUGCCACGCCCUACAGUUCUCCUUCAAAGCCAUCGCAUACUACAUUCGCCGAGCCACGUUAGUCAAUCUGACCGGUUUGGCUGGUCAAUCGAACGCAACCGGUGAUGAUCAGAAGAAGCUCGACGUGAUCGGCAACGACAUCUUCAUUGAGGCAAUGCGAUCGUCUGGAAAGUGUGCCUUGGUAGUAUCAGAAGAGGAGGAAGACAUCAUCUUUUUCAAGGAUCAGAAGAACGCCCGGUAUGCCGUAGCGUGCGACCCCAUCGACGGCUCGUCCAACUUGGACGCCGGUGUGUCGGUGGGUACCAUUUUCGGUAUCCACAAGCUUGCCGAGGGUUCGACGGGCACAAAGGAGGACAUUCUGAAGCCCGGAACCGAACUGCUGGCUGCUGGUUUCACCAUGUAUGGCGCUUCAUCCCAGCUGGUCAUCACCAUGAAGGGCGGCUCUGUCAACGGCUUCACUCUGGACGCGUCGUUCGGAGAGUUCAUCCUCACACACCCGGAUAUGAGGAUCCCCAGGUCUCGUGCCAUCUACUCUGCAAACGAGGGUAACUCACUGUACUGGCAAGACAACACUAAGGAGUACUUCAACUCCCUGAAGCAGAUACAGGCCGACGGCAAGCCAUACAGCGCAAGAUACAUCGGUUCCAUGGUUGCAGACGCAUAUAGAACGCUAUUGUACGGAGGCAUCUUUGCAUACCCCGCAGAUAAGAAGAGCCCGAAGGGAAAGCUCAGAAUUCUGUACGAGUGUGCGCCAAUGGCCAUGGUAUUUGAAAACGCGGGUGGUUUGGCAAUUGACAGCAACAUGAACAGGAUGCUCGAGGUUGUCCCAGAAAGUAUCCACGACAAGUCAGGAAUUUUUAUGGGUAGUUAUGACGAGGUUGAGAAGGUCAAGUCCUUCCACAAGUAA